AUGAAUCGCUGCUGGGCGCUCUUCCUGUCUCUCUGCUGCUACCUGCGUCUGGUCAGCGCCGAGGGGGACCCCAUUCCCGAGGAGCUCUACGAGAUGCUGAGCGACCACUCGAUCCGCUCCUUUGAUGACCUCCAGCGCCUGCUGCACGGAGCCUCCGUAGACGAAGACGGGGCCGAGUUGGACCUGAAUUUGACCCGAUCCCAUUCUGGAGACGAGCUGGAGAGUUUAUCCCGAGGGAGAAGGAGCCUAGGGUCCCCGACGGUCGCCGAGCCGGCCAUGAUCGCUGAGUGCAAGACCCGCACCGAGGUGUUCGAGAUCUCACGGCGCCUCAUAGACCGCACCAACGCCAACUUCCUGGUGUGGCCGCCGUGCGUGGAGGUGCAGCGCUGCUCCGGCUGCUGCAACAACCGCAACGUGCAGUGCCGGCCCACGCAGGUGCAGCUGCGGCCCGUUCAGGUGAGAAAAAUCGAGAUUGUACGGAAGAAGCCAACCUUUAAGAAGGCCACGGUGACCCUGGAGGACCACCUGGCGUGCAAGUGUGAGACAGUGGUGGCUGCUCGACCCGUGACCCGAACCCCGGGGAGUUCCCAAGACCUGCGAGCAGCCAAGACACCCCAAACUCGGGUGACCAUUCGGACAGUGCGAGUCCGCCGGCCCCCCAAGGGGAAGCACCGGAAGUUCAAGCACACACAUGACAAGAAGGCACUGAAGGAGACCCUCGGAGCCUAGGGGCAUCUGGAGGAGAUUGAGGGCAGGU